AAAAUAGAAUAAGAGUAAAAUUUUAAUCCACUAAAACUCUAUUAAAGUUCUACUGUAAGAGAGAGUUAUCUCUGUACGCAGAGACAGCUCCCAUUUUUUCCCCUUUUUUUUUUUCAUUUUAAUUAUGUUAGGACUCAAACAAAUUUAUGAUUUGAAAUUGACGCAUCUCUAUUCCCAUGAGAUUGUUCGAUGCAUGUGUGACCAAAUUUCAACAUUAAAAGUUCAAGCUCUUCGCGAUUGUGGAGUGUGUGACGCAUUUUUUGAAGCGACCAAGAAGGGCAUUGUUGAAUUCGUCGUUGAGCUAUUGAAAGUAAUCCCACCAAUCAUUUUCCUUGAUAAAGAUGGAAGAAACGUUUUCAUGAUAGCAAUCCAAUAUCGUCAAGAAAACAUUUUCAACCUCCUAUAUGGCACUCAUAAGGAAUGGAGAUUCCCUAUUCUUAAUGACAUAGAUGCAAAGGCCAAUAAUAUGUUACAUGUGGCAGGGGAGAUAGCUCCUCCCUCUCAACUUGCCCGAAUCUCCAGCACUGCAUUGCAGAUGCAAAGAGAACUACAAUGGUUUAAGGAGGUGGAAAGCAUUGUUCCAGAAUGGUGCAAAGAAGAUACAAAUGAAACUGGUAAAAUCCCUUAUGAAGUAUUUUCAAAUAGCCAUAAAGAAUUAGUGAAAGAUGGGGAAAUAUGGAUGAGGGACACAUCAAAUUCUUUGAGUCUUGUCGGUACUCUCAUUAUUACGAUCACGUUUGCUGCAGCCUUUACUCUUCCAGGCGGCAAUGCUCAAGAUGGGUUUCCCAAUUUUGUACGGAAAAGAUCAUUUAUGAUAUUUGUAAUAUCUGAUGCGAUUUCCUUCUUUAGUGCAUCAACUGCAGUCUUGAUGUUUUUGGGAAUCCUAACAUCGCGCUUCGCCCAGGAAGAUUUUCUCGAGUCCUUACCCAGGAAGUUGAUCAUUGGCCUCUCCACUCUUUUUAUUUCUAUUGCAGCAAUGAUGGUUAGCUUUUCUGCUGCUCUUUUGAUUAUACUGCAAGAUCGAUGGUGGGCAAUUAUUCCCGUAAUUAUGAUGGCUAGCAUUCCAGUUACAAUUUUUGUAUGGCUGCAGUUUCCCCUCCUUGUUGAAAUUAUUAUUUCGACAUAUGCUACGGGAAGAUUUUUUAAGAGAGACAUGAAGCCUUGGCUUAGUGAAGAGCAAGUUGAUUGAUUUUUCUGGAACAUAAGCGAGCAGUUUCCCCUUCAAGUUGAAAUCCUUUAGCUUGUUCUUUGGUUAUGUUAGUUGGAACUUCUAAUUUCCCUGUUCUAUUCGGUUGGAUUGUCAGAUUUUUCUGCUUUUAAUUAUGAGACUCUGGUCUAUUUACCUUUUCAUUGUGUAAAAACAAUAUUAAUCAUGCAUGUUAUGUUAUAUUUUC